UAACUUGCCUGUCCUCUCAACCCCAGGCUUACCUGCAGCAAGCCCAAGACCUGGUCAUUCUAGAGAGCAUAAUACUGCAGACCCUGGGUUUUGAGAUCACCAUUGACCACCCCCAUACCCACGUGGUGAAGUGCACCCAGCUCGUGCGAGCCAGCAAGGACUUGGCGCAGACUUCCUACUUCAUGGCUACCAACAGUACGUGGGUGUCAGAGUUUUCGCUGGAAUACACCCCUCCCGUUGUGGCCUGCGUCUGUAUCCACCUGGCUUGUAAGUGGUCCAACUGGGAGAUCCCAGUCUCCACGGACGGGAAGCACUGGUGGGAAUACGUUGAUGGCACUGUAACUCUGGAGCUCUUAGAUGAACUGACUCAUGAAUUCCUACAGAUCCUUGAGAAAACUCCCAACCGGCUUAAACGUAUCCGGAACUGGCGGGCUACUCAAGCAGCCAGAAAGUCGAAGGCUGAUGACCACGGUGAAGACGAGAGCCUGUCGGAGCAGACGAUCCUCAACAUGAUUUCCAGGAACAACAGUUCAGACAUGAACAUUGCUGGGUUGAUGAGCAUGUCAACGUCCUCGACCACCGGAGCGGGGCCGUCUCUGUCGGCUGCGGCGGAGUCGCCCGGCGACCAGAGCGGCGCGGAUAUGUCCCAGCCUGACCACUGGAUGUCCCAGCAGCACCCUCCACCCAAGCUGGAGGCUGGCCAGAGUCACAGGACUAACGAAAGCUCGUCGGCCCCCGAGCAUCCGUUGCAGCAAGACGGCGCUGGCUAUCAGAAGCAGAGCGGCAAGAACGCCCCGGCGGCCAAAGUGUCGCUCAAGGAGUACCGGGCCAAGCACGCCGAGGAGCUGGCGGCGCAGAAGCGGCAGCUGGAGAACAUGGAGGCCAACGUCCGCUCUCAGUACGCCUACGCCGCGCAGAAUCUCCUGGUCCAGCAGCAGCGGGAGAGGGAAGUCCAGCAGGACAGCAACCCCUCUCCCAUCAUCUUGAAAAUUCCCAUGGGCGGCUCGGAGAACCCCGAGCGCCCUCCUGGUCCUGAAAAGGGUGACAAAGCCUCGGCGCUGAAGCUGAGGAUCCCGGUGGCAGGUGGAGGUGGGGAGAGGCCGCUCCCCUGCAAGCAGGAGGAGAUAAAAAUGCGGAUCAAGAUGCCAAAUGCCCCGGAAAGGCUGGGCUCUGCGGAUGAGAGC